GUGUGCAAACACGUCUGACCACUCGUGGUAGCGUUUAUCAGUUUAAGGUCAAAACUUAACUCAUGAUUAAAACAUUGUGUUUUUAAAUAAAAUAUUUUCGACAAGGAAAAUAGUCGAAUAUUUAUUUAUCGUUUAUCCGGUUUUAGUGAUAUCAUUUUGUGUUUUAAAAGGUACUCAAAGUCGUGUUUAUUAUACAUCAAAAUGUUAAGGAUCGUAGCAAUAUGUUACUUAUUCGCCGUAGCGUCUGCUCUUCUCGAAGGGGACGAAGCGUUACAAGAUGUCUUCGAGCAAGUUGCGGAAGACAAUUACAGUCCAAGUCAAAUGAAUUGUUCCAAUAUCGAAGGCAGUGGGAAGGGAUGUUACGAGUGCUACGUCUGUUCUGAUGCAGAGGUUCAGAGACAGAGAAACCGGGGAAAGGCUAAAAUUGAAUUUCAGUUGCACGACAAUAAGUGUUCAAAGACCGACAUAUGUUGUUUUUCACAAUUGCAGAACAUAUUCAGGUCAGGAGGUGCCAACUGCGGUAAUAGCAACCCUGAAGGUUAUCCCCGGAGAGUGAGGGACGCUUUGAAGUCAGUUCUCCCAGGGGAGUACCCGUGGAGGGCUUGGGUACACAGUAAAUCCAACCCCAACGUACCCCUCUGUGCGGCUGUCUUCAUCAGCGAAGAGUCACGUGCACUUAUGACGUCAGCGUACUGCAUCGAACAAUACCCUGAAGACACCAUGGUCGUACGUUUCUCGAAAGACCAUUACUAUCCUUAUGAUGUCAAAAAGGUGUAUAUCCACAAAUACUUUGACAGUGAAACCCGAUACAAUGAUAUAGCAAUACUCGGUUUGAAGUACGACGACUCGCUGCCGUCGUGGGUCAAGCCGGUAUGCCGUUCAGAAACCAAAGGACUUUUCGCUACGUCCUGUGUGGCUGUGUCCAGUGAAGAUUAUUACGUAAAUACAGUUAUACCCCAGCAAAGCAAGUGUGUGGAAGGCAACAUUCCCUUAGACAACUCAUUCAUAUGUACCAUUGGAGCACGGAACGAUUACGAACCGGAAGUGGGGGGAGGUCUGAUAUGUCCUGAAGAGGCAGUGAAGUCGAUAUACUAUAUGGCAUAUGGAAUCACCCUGUAUCGCAGCGGCACCACCUCUAUCAUGGUUCAUACAAACGUCACCCACUUCCACGGAUGGAUUCAAGACCAGAUUGAUAAAUUACUUGAAUUAUCUAAAUAAACAUCUAAAUAAUUAAA